AGUCCUGUGGAGCUCUCCCGCCGGGGCUGCGAGGAAGGCUGUAGGUUUGCGAGGCCGCCUGGCUGAGCGGAGCGAGGGAAAUGGUCCCCGCUCCGCCACUCGCCGGUUGAGGACGGGCCGCCCUGGCAGAGUGGCAGGCCAGCCGCGGCGCUGGGCGCCGGCCAGAAGGGGUGUACUGCCGUCCCGUCUUGCUGCUGAAUGUCGCUUCCAGAGGAUGAGGAGAGGCUUUUGCCGCUUGCCCAGAGAUGGCCCCGAGCGAGCAAGUUCCUCCUGUCGGGCUGCGCGGCUACCGUGGCCGAGCUAGCAACCUUUCCCCUCGAUCUCACAAAAACUCGGCUCCAAAUGCAAGGAGAAGCUGCCCUUGCUCGGUUGGGAGACAGUGCAAGAGAAUCUGCUCCCUAUAGAGGCAUGGUGCGCACAGCCCUAGGGAUUGUUCAAGAAGAAGGCUUUCUAAAGCUUUGGCAAGGAGUGACACCUGCCAUUUACAGACACAUAGUGUACUCCGGAGGCCGCAUGGUCACUUACGAACAUCUUCGUGAAGUUGUAUUUGGCAAAAGUGAAGAUAAGCAUUAUCCCCUUUGGAAAUCAGUGAUUGGAGGUAUGAUGGCUGGUGUUGUUGGCCAAUUUUUAGCCAACCCAACUGAUCUAGUGAAGGUUCAGAUGCAAAUGGAAGGAAAAAGGAAACUUGAAGGAAAACCUUUGCGAUUUCGUGGUGUGCAUCAUGCAUUUGCAAAAAUCUUAUCUGAAGGAGGAAUACGUGGGCUUUGGGCAGGCUGGGUACCCAAUAUACAAAGAGCCGCACUGGUGAAUAUGGGAGAUUUAACUACUUAUGAUACAGUGAAACACUAUUUGGUACUGAACACUCCACUUGAGGACAAUAUCAUGACUCAUGGUUUAUCAAGUAGGUAAACGGUGCUAUGUGGUAUGGAAGUUCUGGAUACUGUGUCCUAGAAGAAAAUGAAUGCUCCUGGAGGCUCAAUGGGGAUUGCAGCUGUACACCAGAGAGCUUCUUAUGAGCCAUCCAACACCUGGGAAAAAGGAAUUUGAUAUAAAGAACAAUAAAAACGGUAUAAGCUCUGAACUGUGCACUUAAAAAUGAUUAAAAUGGUAAAUUGUAUGUUGUGUCUGUUUUACCACAAUUUCUAAAAAUGGGGUAAAUAAGAAGUCCUGGGGUAGGCCAGGAGCAAUAAAGACAAGUGAGGAUUUUAGUGAGGUGGGAAGGCAGGUGGCAAGGUAUAUUAAUCAAGGAAGCAGAGGAAAGGUAGAGAGUUGAAUUAAUCGUCAGGAAAUGAUAUAGAACAGGAAGACCAGGAUAACCUUGUUUUUCUUUUUGAAAUCAUGAGGCUGUUGAGAGGUAAAACUGUGAGAAAGGUGAGUUUACUCUGUGUGAAGAUGACCCAUGAGCAUGAUUUACUUCAUCCUUAAGAGGCUGGCUUUCUCUGAAACAGUGCUGAUGGGAGUAUCUGAAACUGGUCUUAGAGAUAGCCGCUUGGCUGCCUGGAGAGAUCAGGAGACUCACCAGUCACUUUCUGUCCGUUAUCACUUUAGUUGUGUCCUCAGCUUCAUCAUGUUGUUAACAAGGAGCGAUGAAGGUCAAUAGUAAAAAGCAGCAAUGUCCAUUUCAGUGCAAAGAGCUUGGGCGAAAUCAGUGUUCUUUUUAUUGCUCUAUCUUUUCCCAUUGACUCUGGAUACCAUCUUCCUUGAGGCCUCCUGAAUACAUUAUUUUCUUUUAGUAUUUAUUUUUUAAAGAAGAUACACUAUAUCCUUAGGUGUUGGUUAAGAGGUUUCUGUGUGAAAAUUUUAAGGUAUAUUAAAAUCAGUGGUAUUAAACUUUCAAAGAAUAGAAACAAAUAGGAAAGAAUAUUAAAAGAGCAGUAGUGUAUACCUACUGGAAUGUACGUGGUGAAACGAGCUCUUUCCACAUAGACAAUGACUUGUGUGGGCAGAGACCCAAGGAUGUUAUAUGCACAGUUAGGUCUUUUGCUGUAAUACGAAAUAGGUUAUAUGGGUUUCUUCCCUUGAAUUCAAGUAUUUCUAAAGUAAUUUUCUCCUUUGAAUUAUAAAUCCUGACCUGAAAGUGGUGGACAGAGUCUGAGUACUUUCUGCUACCGCAGUUUAGAGUAAGAGAGAAUACGAAGAUUCCUAAGGUAGCUUCAACUUCCCUGCCAUAGAGCUUUCAGAGACUUCAAAAGCCUUGACACAGAAAUCAGUAGUCCUUGUCUUUGUGAGGUAUUUGAUGUUCCAGAAGAUCUAAAAGUUUUCCACAGUUUUCCUUUCCAGUUUUGCAUUAGCCAGACAUAAGCUGUUAUUCAGGCUGCCUUGAUCCCAGUUUCUGUAGAUUCAGCUGCUGGGAAGUGGGACUUCAUACUCCUUGACUCAGGGCAACCACCCUUUUUCUCAUCAUAGGUCUUUCUUGUGGAAAAGUUUAAAGCAGCUCAUGAGUUUUCAGUUUGUGGAAAUUCAUCCUCUGAAUUGCCUUGCAUACCCACAAGUAUAAUGAACUGCUAGUGAUUUCUUAACUUUCUUUUUUUUCUUAAGAUUUUAUUUAUUUAUUUGACAGACAGAGAUCACAAGUAGGCAGAGAGGCAGGCAGAGAAAGAGAGAGGAGGAAGCAGGCUCUCUGCUAGCAGAGAGCCUGAUGCGGGGCUCGAUCCCAGGACCCUGGGAUCAUGACCUGAGCCGAAGGCAGAGGCUUUAACCCACUGAGCCACCCAGGCGCCCCUGAUUUCUUAACUUCUUAGUCACUCAUUUAUAGAAUCGCGAUUGACUCUGCCGUAGGUUGACCACAGAGAGCCAUUUUGUCGCUUCGGAGGAAUUGACAAGCCUUUUUCAAGAAGGAGCAAAUAACAUUGUUGGACAAAGGAAGAAGGGAUAAACAGAAACUUAUUAGACCUUAUGCCUGAGCGUAGACUGAAGGAAAAACAGGAAUUUUCCAAUUAGACAGGGGUGCAGGCAUAGAGGUAUUGCAUAGUACGGUAAAUACAGAGCUACACUUAGUCAUGUUGUUAAAGCAAAAUGGGUGAAGAGAGAUAUGAUCUUGGAAUAAUAUGUAUGACAACUAGUGUGUGAGCUAAAUCAGGUAAUAGGGAAUGAGUCUUAGCUGCCUUUAAGUAGGGAAAAAUGACAUAAUUGGAUUUCUAUUUUGAUCCCUUAGGAUGGGGAGAAGAAGGUAAGAUUAUAUGCAAAUGGAAUAGCUUAGUGAAAUGAGGCCUAAAUAGUGGUCAAAGUGAAUUUUUUGUUGGUUAAAUAUUAAGCAAAUAAGGUGAUUCCCCUGCCCAAGAUCCUCUCAGUGACUUCUGUUCACAUCUAGAAUAAAAUAGCCUUCAGUAGCCCUUCAUGGGCUGAUCUCUGCCUGCUUCUUCAGUCUUUCAUCUGGCUGGACCCCUUCAGGAUGCCUUGGCCAUGUGGGCUGCUUUCUCUCUCUUCAGCCCACCUUGGCCAUUUCUGCCUCAGGGCUUUUCCUGGGCUGUUCCUCUGGUGGGCAACAUUCUUCCUCCAUGUCUUUACAUCCUUGCUCCACUCCACUCUGUUGUCACUCAAGAGCCUCUCCGCGAUGGCCUGUCAUCCACUUACUCCCUAUCAUGCUAUCCAGUUUUAUUUUGUUCGUAGCACUUACCGGAAUUUUGAAAUUAUUCAUUUCUUCUCUGCCUCUUCCCAAGUAAGGGCCUCAGGGACAGGCUUGUGUGUGUGUGUCCUCUUCACUGCCUAGAAGAGUGCCUGUCACCACCAGUAGGUGUUCAAUGUCUAUUUGUUGCCUGGACAUUCUUUUUAAUUUUUGUUUUUUCUAUCUCUUUAAUAAUUUCAUUAAGCAUUGAUUUUAAGCAAAAAUAAGAUUAUUAUAAAGAAUAAUACAAUAAUAUAGUAUUCCAUUCUUUCUAAAUAUCAAAUUUCCUUUUCUUGCAAUUUAGAAAUCACUAUAUUUAUUAUC